AUGGAUAACGGAAAUUGCACAUAUUUACGUGAAUUCCUUCUCCUGGGAAUUACCAGUCACCCUGAAAUGAAACUAGUUCUCUUCACUGUGUUCUGCCUGGUUUAUUUCCUCACCCUGUUGACAAACCUCGGCAUGAUCUCGUUAAUCAGGAUGGACGCCCAGCUUCGCACACCCAUGUAUAUUUUCCUCAGCCACCUCUCAUUCUCUGACCUCUGCUAUUCCACUGCAGUUGGGCCCAAGAUGCUGGUGGAUCUCCUUGUCAAGGAUGCCUCAAUUCCAUUUGUUGCCUGUGCCCUGCAGUUGUUGCUUGUCUGUAUCUUCAUAGAUGCAGAGUGCAUGCUGCUGGCAGUGAUGGCCUUUGACCGGUACAAGGCCAUCAGCAACCCCCUGCUCUAUGCAGCCGAAAUGUCCAGCAAGGUGCGCUCCCGGCUUCUGGUUGGAGUCUACAUGGUGGGAACAACAGAUGGUUUGAUACAUACAGUGCUGGCGUUCCGUUUGUGUUUCUGUGAUUCUAAUGUGAUUAAUCAUUUCUUCUGUGAUUUGCCUCCACUGUUACUCCUUUCCUGUUCUGACACACAAGUCAAUGAGCUGGUUUUAUUCUCUCUUUUUGGUUUCAUUGAACUGAGCACCAUCUCGGGAGUCCUCAUCUCUUACUGUUAUAUCAUCUUAUCAGUCUUGAAGAUCCGCUCUGCUGAGGGCAGGUUCAAAGCUUUCUCCACCUGCGCCUCCCACUUGACAGCAGUGGCGAUUUUCCAGGGAACCAUGCUCUUCAUGUAUUUCCGGCCAAGUUCUUCCUACUCCCUAGAUCAGGACAAAAUGACCUCUCUGUUUUACAUCCUUGUGAUCCCCAUGCUCAACCCUCUCAUCUAUAGCCUAAGGAACAAGGACGUAAAAGAGGCCCUGGGCAAGCUGAGACAUAAGAAGUGGCUUUAA